CCAAAAGGAAAUCACAAUCAUGUUCGCGGCUCGGACCAACCAGGAGAACGCAAUCUACGAACAGCAGACCGCUGCAGCAGCGAAGCCAUUGAACCAGGGCAUCAAAGGUCUCGCUCCGAAAACACCUGGCAACCAGCUUCCCAAGACCCCGUUCCGAGGUGGGAAGAAUGAUGAGAACAGGACGCUGAACUUUGGCAAGACGGGCGGAAAGGAUGGCAAAGCAGAUCGCAAUGCUUUCGUGACUCCAGCCAAUCCACGCGCCCGGGCCCCUCUUGGCAACAAGACUACCAAUGGCAAAGCCUUGCUUACUCCAGCUCUGGGCGGUGCCGGCAAGAUAGACGCAGCUGGCAGCAACAAACUCACCAGUCCUCGCCAACGCCGACCGAAGAUCAAAGUUCACGAAUCCACCUCUGUAACCGCCGAGAAUGUGCUCCUGCAAGAAACUGAGGAGCGCGAG